UUCAAUUUAAAUGUUGGUGUUUAGCUAGUUAGCUGAUAAAACAAGUCAUGAUGGAGAAGAAGGAGCAUGUACAGCUAAGGAACAACCCGCGCAGGCAGCUGAAAAAGCUUAGUGAGGACAGUUUAACCAAGCAGCCUGAAGAAGUGUUUGAUAUAUUGGAAAAACUCGGAGAGGGGUCUUAUGGCAGUGUUUUUAAGGCACAUUAUAAAGAGACAGGGGAGAUUGUGGCUAUUAAACAGGUUCCUGUGGAGUCAGACCUACAAGAGAUCAUUAAAGAGAUCUCUAUUAUGCAGCAGUGUAACAGUCCACAUGUGGUGAGGUACUAUGGCAGUUACUUCAAGAACAGUGAUCUGUGGAUUGUAAUGGAGUACUGUGGAGCUGGCUCUGUCUCUGACAUUAUCAGGCUACGCAACAAAACAUUAAAAGAAGAGGAAAUAGCUGCCAUACUGCAGUCCACUCUAAAGGGACUGGAAUACUUGCACUUUAUGAGGAAGAUUCACAGGGACAUCAAAGCUGGAAACAUCCUCCUAAACUCAGAGGGACAGGCCAAGCUUGCUGAUUUUGGUGUUGCAGGACAGCUGACUGACACAAUGGCAAAGCGUAACACAGUGAUUGGAACACCUUUCUGGAUGGCCCCAGAAGUCAUACAGGAGAUUGGCUAUAACUGUGUAGCAGAUAUCUGGUCUCUGGGAAUUACGGCUAUAGAGAUGGCUGAAGGGAAGCCACCAUAUGCAGACAUACACCCUAUGAGGGCGAUAUUUAUGAUUCCAACAAACCCCCCACCUACAUUUCGGAACUGUGAUCAGUGGUCAGAACCUUUCCAGAAUUUUGUGUCCCAGUGCCUUGUAAAGAAUCCGGAGAACAGAGCAACAGCAACACAGCAACUACAGCAUCCAUAUAUAAAAAAUGCAAAGCCCAGUGUCUUAAAAGCACUGAUCACCGAAGCUAUGGAUCUGAAACUACAGAAACAGGAAGCUCAGCAGAAGGAGCAGGAUGCAGAGGAUGAAGAUAACUCGGAUGAAGAUGAAGUGGAUCAGGGUACAAUGGUGAGGGCCAAUGAAUCAGAUCAGGGUACAAUCCGUGCAGCGGGCUCAAUGGACAGCUCAAUGGGAACCAUGAUUGAACAUAACGACAGCACCAUGGUAUCUCAGCUUGGCACUAUGGUCAUUAACUCUGAUGAUGAGGAGGAUUCAGGCACCAUGAAACAUCGGCAAGAAACAUUGCAGUCAGCUAAGCCAUCAUUUCUUGAGUACUUUGAGCAGAAAGAAAAGGAGGUCAACAAAAAUAGUGAUGACAAUCGCAGACAGCCUGCGGAAGGUGACAUGGAGGUGAUGCGUUCCUGGAAUGUGGAGGAGCUGAAGAGACGCUUGGCCUCCCUGGAUCCUCAAAUGGAGCAGGAGAUUGAGGAGAUCCACCAGCGCUACCAGGCUAAACGGCAACCCAUUCUCGAUGCCAUUGAGGCCAAAAAGUGGCGCCAGCAGAACUUCUGAGCAUAUCUUGAAAGCCUUUUAACUGAUUGCAAUUGUCAGUGACCUUUAAAGGUACCUGUACCACUUCAUGCUACUCUGCAUGAUAUUUUCUGCUGAACUGGUAUAAAGUUAUUUUUUGUUAUUUUAAUAUCUGAUGCUGUAUCUUGACUGCUGUUGGUACUAGAUUAGUGGUACUACUGGACUUGAAAGAAACAGGGAAAGAGAUUUACUGUUAUACAAGGUUUUGCAUUUUUUUUCCAUUUUGUUUUUGUACUAUUUUAC